AUGAAUAAAGAAAAAUUAAAAAAAUUACUGGAAAAAGAAAAUAACAAUAGAAUAAACAUAACAAAUGUCAAAUUUCGUAAUUGUCUUUGUUUAUAUAAUAAUUAUUCUAAAUGUUAUGUCAAUAUAAAAAAGAAAUAUAAAGAUAUUUUAAAAUAUGAAAAAAUAUACGGAAAUGAGAAUAUUAAAAUUAACGAAGGAAAGUCAAUAGAUUAUAAUAAAGAAAGUUGUUUAGAAUAUACAUAUCCAUAUAGAUAUGAUAAUAAUAGAAAUAUAUUUUUAAUAAUAAAUAGUAAAAACAUUAAUUCUGUUAAUAAUUGCAUAUAUAAUAAUGAUAUUAUAUAUAUAAUAUAUAAUAAUAAAAAGUAUGAACAUGUUAAUUUACAAAAAAGAAAAAAGAAAAAUAAAAAAAAAAAAAGUUCAUAUAAUACUCAAAAUGAUACUUAUAGUAGUUUAACAAGUUAUAUAUCCAAUGAAGAAGAUGUAAACCCAAUAUAUAAUAGUACAAUAUUUGAAACAAGUAAUAUGAAUUUUUGUGAAAGAGAAAAAAAAAAAAAAAAAAAGUCCAAAUUAAACAAUAAAAGAAAUUUUAUAUAUUCGGAUGAUGAUUCAGAUAAUCAUUAUGAAUAUGUUUUUACACAUAUAAAUUCAGACUUAUAUUUUUUAAGUGUAUCAAAUGAUCAUAUAGAAAAAGAAAAAAAUUUUUAUAUACAAAAUGAGAAAUUUACAAACUAUAAUGAUGUAAUUUUUAGAAGAAUAAAAUUUCAAAAAACAUUAUUUAUAAAUUUAGAUACUUAUAAUUCAUGGAUUAUUAUUAAAAGAAGUAUAUUAUUAAAUGAAUACUGGAAUCGCUUAAAUAAAAAUGAUAUAGUAGAUAUUAAUGAUGUACUAUAUGACGUAAUUAAUAUCUAUGAGAGAAUUAUUAAUUGUUAUACAAGAAUUUAUAUUAAUGACAGUUUCCUUCUAAUAAAUAAUAAAACAAAAGAAAUAUUGGGUGUCCAAAAAAUUGAAUUAGAUAAUAAUAGCGUUAGUAAAAAUUCAACAAAUUUAAAUCAAAACGAUAAUAUAUUGAAUAACUGUACAGGUUAUGAAGAAUCUAAUUUGUACAAAUUGGUACUAAUAAAAAAAAUGAAUAUCAAACAUUUAUUCAAUAAUGAUACAGAUAUUAAUAUUACUUUUAAUUUUCAUAAUGUUUGCUUAACCAGUUAUAAUAAGUCAGAUCAUAAUAAUUCAUAUCUAUUAAUUCAUAACUAUAACUUAAAUAGUGAUAGUCAAAUUUUAUUAAAUUUUACGAUGAACAAAAAGCAUUUAGAACAUAAAACUAGUAAUAAUAAUACACCUCUUAAUAGUAAUUUAAUAGAUACAGACUUACUAAAUAACGAAGAUUAUAUAUAUUUUAACAAUUAUAUAACACAAAAAAUUAGUGAAAAUUAUUUUAACUAUAGUUUAUAUAUAAAAGAAUGUUUAUUAAUUAUUGAUAUAUUAUAUAUUUUAAACAAUAGUUAUGGUAACUUAAUAUAUAUAAAAGAAUUUUAUAAAUAUAAUCAUGAAAAUUAUUAUUCUAAUAUUUAUAAUAUUUUAAAAAAAAAUAAAAAUUAUGGUGACAAAAAUAAAGAAGAAAAUAAUUCAAUUUAUUCAUUAUCAUCUUAUGGAGAAAAUUCAAAUGCCACAUCAAAUUCUUCUCAAACAGAUUCUUCUUCCAUAUCAUCAGACGAUGAAAAUAAUGAAAACUUAUCUUUUGAUGAAAAAGCAAAUUUUGAUGAAAAAGGAAAAUUUGAUGAAAAAGGAAAUUUUGAUGAUUUGAAUAAUGAUUUAAUAUACAUAAUGCCAAAGUACAAAAUUAUUUUUCAUCCAAUAAUAUUUUCACACAAAGAAAGUAAUAACAGCAAUAUAGAAAUUACAAAAGAAAUAUUAAAAUUGGGAAUUUAUUUAAGAAAAAUUCAAAAAUUUAUUGAAAUUAACAAAAGAGGUCACUCAUGUAAUUUUACUUUUGAUAUAUUCUGUUGUUGUUUAUACAAUAUAAAUUUACAUAUUUUAAAUCAUAUAAAUAAAAUUGAAGAAAAUAUAAGAAAUAUUUUUAAUUUUACUAAAAUUAACAUGAAUGAUAAAAGUGAUUUAUCAUUAUGUCUAUUUGAUGAAAGUAGAUUAUCUACAUGUAUAGAUCCGGAAGAAAAAAAAAUAUUUUUUAGUAUAAAUAAUUUAUUUCAUAAAAAUGUACAAGAUUUUAACUUAUUUUUCAAUAUUAAUAUAGAGAAAACAGAAGAUAUAUCUUUAUACAAAAUAAAAAUAAGUAUACUCCCAUUGAUUCAAAUAGCCAAGUUAUUGAAUAGAAUUAUAAACAAAAUAAUAAUAAAAAAAAAAGUUAACAAUUCAAAAUAUUUAAUUGAUCUUAUUUAUAAAUUACAAGAAUAUUUAAAUGUAGAUGAUAUCAAUAAAAGAGUUCUUUUAUAUUUAUUAAAAAAUGUAACUACACCAUUAUUUGAUUUCAUUAAAAAUUAUAUUUUUUAUGGAAAAGUUAAAGAUACAUAUAAAGAAUUUUUUAUACAUGAAAAUAAACAUAUUACUCCAUAUUAUAAACAAAAUCAUAAGUUUUAUCAUAAUAAUAUUUAUAAAUAUAUUUUUAAAAAGUAUAUUGAUUUAUCUACUAAUUAUUGGGGAGCUAAAUAUAUUAUAUUAAAUAAUAAAGUUCCUUUUUUUUUAAAAAAUAUUUGUAAUUAUAUUUUUAUAACUGGCAAAUAUAUUGAUGUUCUAUCAGCUUGCUCUAAAUUAUUUAAUUUACAAAGUAAAAAAUUUGUUUAUUUAGAUAAUAACAACACUUCUGAUAUUUACAUUAAUAACAUGGUACCAAAUAAUGAAUAUAAAAAUAAUGAUUAUAAUUGUAAUAAGAAUAAUAUUAAUAAUCAAAAUCAAGAAUUUUCAUUGAAAAAAACAAGUAAUAAUAAGAUAGAAGAUGAAUAUUAUAAUUAUAUUAAUAUUCAAGACAAUAAGACAUGCUACUUAAUUUAUGAUAAUGAUAAAAAAAUAUAUGAAGAUUUGAUUCAUAAUCAACAUUUAUAUGCAUCAAAAAAAAUGUUUGAAUUAUAUAUAAAAAAAAUAGACAUAAAAGAAAAAAUAAAACAUCAUUAUUUUUUUUUCUUUUUACAAAUUAGCGAUUAUCUUAAAUAUUUUUAUAUACUUUCUCAUGAACAUUUAGAAAAAUUAUAUAAUAAUAAAAAAAAUAAUAUUCUCAAUAAAUUAAAAAAUUAUUAUGAUAUAUCCAUACGUUCAUCUGUUUUAUAUAAUUUAAAAUAUAGAAAAGAUUACAACAUUGAUGUUUCUGACAUAUUAAAUAUUAUUGACAAUGUUAAUUUAAUUAUUGAUUUAAAAAAUUUUCAUCUCAAUGAUGAUCAGAUUCAUUUUAAUAAAGAAAAUUCUAUUUAUGAUGAAGAACAAAAACAAGGGCACAAAAGAGAACAACAAGAAGAGUAUUAUCAUAACAGAGAAACAGAAGAAGAAGAAGAAGAAGAAGAAGAAGAAGAAGAAGAUGAUGAUGAAGUGAAUAAAGAGGAGUACGCUGAUGGUGAAAAAGAAAGCAAAUAUGAUGAUGAAGAUGAAAAAGAAAGUGAACAAGAAUAUGAGAAAAAAUUAGAAGGAAUAAAAAAACAAAAAGAAGAAAAAAAAAAAACAAAUAUGUACAUGUUUAAUAAUAAAAAUAAUUAUUCAAAAUUAAGUGAAUUUAAAAAUAAUAAUGCAGAAAAAUAUAAAGGAACAAAAAAAAAAUUUAUGUCUAACAUAAAAAAUAACAUGCUAAAUAUUCAAAAUGUCCAAGCUAAUAUUAAUGUAGAAAUUUAUAAAGGAUUAAUAUUAUCAUAUCAUAAUAUAUUUCCUUAUAAUUUAAUAUUUAAUAACAUAACUAUUUUUAAAUAUACUUUAAUUUUUAGAAUAUUAAAUUACUGUAAAUAUAUAGAGCAUAAAUUAACAGAGGUUUGGCUUAAUCAUAUGUUUGUUAAAAAUAUUGAUAUGAAUGAAGAAUGUAAUAAUAAUUUAAUGAUAUGCAUUCAUACAAGAGAAAGUAUGCUUCACUUUUUAAAAUGUUAUUUAUAUCAUAUUCAGAACGAUGUAAUAAAGUCUGAAUAUCAUUGUAUGAAUAACAAAUUAAAGGAAACAUUAAUUUUUGAUGAUAUAAUAUACAUUCACAAUAAUUAUUUAAAUAACAUACUUAAAUAUUCCUUUAUUAUAGAUACAAAUAUUAUUAACUGCAUUUUAAAAUUAAUUUCUAUUGCCCAUAUAUUUACAAGACAUAUUCUAAAAUUUAGUUUUGAUAAGAAUGAACAGGUAGAAAAAUUAUCUCAUGAAAAUCAAAAUUGUAGUUCAUUGAAUAGAAAUGUAAUUAAUAAUAAAAAAAACAAUAAAAGUAACUAUCACAAAAAAUUCAUACAAGAAUUACUAAGAGACAAAGCAUAUAUAUCUAUGAUACAUAAUACCAUCAAACAUUACGAUAAACAUUUUAAAGUUUUCUUUCUUCUUUUAACAGAAUAUGUAAAUAAUAACAUUGAUGAUUAUGCUCAUAAUUUUUUAAUUAAAUUAGAUUACAAUUUUUAUUACACCAAUAAAUAUAAAAUCCCUUAUCAAUUAAAUUCUGCUAAUGAAUGUAAUUCUGAAUGUAAAAAUGAAAAUUUUUCUAGUUAUAUAGAUAAUUCAAAUUUAAGUAGCUUUGAAUCUAAUAACAUGAAUAACAAGAAGAAAAUUUUUAAUAAUGCGAAUGAUAAUAACAACAUAAGUAAUAUUGGUACCAAUUUAAAUAAUAAAGGUAAUUACUACAUGGAAAAAAAUGAUUCUGGAAAUUAUAUAAAUUCUUUUAGUAAUAAUAAUAAUCAAAUAAAUUAUAAUUUACAGAAUUACAAUAAUAAUAAUAAUAAUAUAAGAAUGCCAAAUGACAUAAAAAAAAUGAAUACAUCAAUAAAUUCUGAUCAAAAAGAAAGUUAUAAGAAUAACAGCGAUAUAAAUAACAAUUAUGUGAACUUAACAUCUAUUUCUAAUAAUUUUAUGAAUGGUACAAAUGAUAAAAAUACAUAUAACCUAACAUCUUUGCAUAAAAGUGAUUUAAAAAAUCAAUUAAUUAAUAAGGCAAAUUUAAAUGAAAAUAAUUUUAUACCUUUUAACCAAAAGAAUAAUCAAAAUAUUCCUUUUAAUUGUAACAAUUAUGAUGUAGAAGUAAUUAAUUAUGAUAAUAAAUUAAGUAAAAUACCACGUAAUGUUAAUUACAGUAAAUUGCAAAAGUAUAAUUUAUGCAAUUUAAAUAAUGAAAAUAUAAGUAACAUUAAUAUAAGUAAUAUAGAUAUAAAUAGUAUAGAUGGUAGUAUAUAUAAUAACAAAUUUAACUCUUAA